AUGCCCAAGAAAAGGCCACCCAUUUUCGAGAGAGCUUUGAAUCUCUUGAAGCUCUCCAUUUUCAUGACGAAAAUGGGAAAGCCCGGCUGCCCAAGUUUCAUUUUCUUGAGUAAAACCAGAAAACUCAAGAAGCACAAGUACCUCAGACACUAUAAUCAUGCGUUUACCGAGGAAUACGAGUUCUCUCCUUCAAGUACUCCUCUGUUUCCUUAUUACAGACAACCAUUCAAGAAGAGAGGCUGUAGAGAUAUCUACUCGUUGUUCUUUCUGUGUCGUUGUUCGAAUAAUUGGAGAGUUGAUGAUGGAGGAGAAGCUGAAGAAUUUGAGGAAGGAAAAACGGUUUAUGCAUUGGAAGCGCCGCCAGCAAUCGUGGAUGAUGCCGAUGAUGAUUCUCUAAGGGAGUUGCCUGAGUCUCCUUUGAUUCGGGGAGAUGAAGAAGAAUCGGUGGACGAAAGGGCAGAAGUGUUCAUUCAGAGGUUCUAUGAAGAGAUGAGGCUGCAAAGGCAAAAAUCAGUUUUGCAAUACAAUGAAAUGCUGGAUAGAGGUUGCAGUUGA